UUCCCUUUUCCACUCGUAUCCGCCCCCUGGCCUCCGCCCUGAGGGCGCCAUGCAGCGGGAGACAGGGAAGCGGAAACCAGACUAAAUGAGCCGGAGCAGGGGAGACGCAGUAAUAGGAGGGGGGUCGCCUCCCGCUUCCCCUGGGUGCCUCCCAGGGCUCUGCUCAAAUAUCUGGUUCUGGAGGUGCACUACAGGGAUUCUUGCUGUUGUUUCGGUUUUGAUCUUGUGUAUUCACCUUGCGGUAAACAGCUCAUCAGGGAAAGGUUCUUCUGGGUCUCCUCCUCCAGAACCAUGCCCUGCCGACUGGCUGUACCACCAAAGGAAAUGUUACUGCUUCUCUGAGAAAGAAGAGGACUGGAACUCCAGUCAGAGCUUUUGUGCCUCACACAACAGCUCCCUAAUUGUAAUUGAAAGCCAGCAAGAACUGAAAUUUAUAAUGAAAAUAACAAAGCAAGAUCCGUGGAUUGGACUUCGCAAGACAGGAGAAGAAUUCCAUUGGGUAAAUGGGACUCCAUUAGAUACAAGUCUGUUGGCAGUAAAGGGUUCUGGAGAAUGUGCCUAUAUUGAAUCAGAUGUGGUCUCCAGUUCUGGAUGCUCAUUACCCAGGGGUUGGGUCUGUAAAAAAGGCUCUUAGCUCUGUGUACUCAUGCUUCACUCAGCCAAUUAGUGUAAAACCCAGGGUUCAGCUGUCACAGUUGAGGGCAACUGCACCUGUAUGUCCCCUCAGUGAUCCAGCAAGGGCACCUAGUCUCAGGCUUGCUGCAUCGUUCUCCCUUCUGACUGGGGUAUUUCCAAGGCUGCACAGUUCCCUGCCUUUAUUGUGUUGUUCCCCGCACAGUCAGGUUGCCCAAGGACACCUGCUUGCUUUCUCCUCUGAGACAGUUAACAGGUGUAAUUGCUACAGUUAUAAGAUACCACACAGCACUUCCUAUGACAGUCCACUUUAUUCUUAUGGUAAAAAUCAUUACGGAGAAAACAUGAAAAACAAUAAAAGACCUUACACACAUGCUACUAAGCUUCCCUGAAUUCACCCUAACAUGGAUUCUGGCAGGAGCAGUUCUUCCCUCCCCCCAGCCAACAGAUUCCUUGUGGUUACAAGUUCAUCACAGCUUUAGCUCAGAACAAGCUCAAUAGGGCCAGUCCUUCCAACCCUACCAGAAGGAUUGGGGCCUUCUGUGGACCAGAGGUCCUGUCUGUUUGCUGGGUCAGGAAGAAGGCCCUGAGCUGGUUGAAAAUCAAGAUUUUUAUCCAAAAAUCUUUUUUUGUCUGUUGGUCCCUGGAGAGUCCAGUCUGGACUAGUAGAGGCGCACUUCUCCGGGUGGUGGUGUCUCUCUGGAGAUAGUACAACCUGAGCAAAUGUACCUAAUUACCCCCUGCUGUUCUCUUAUUUAUCCGUCCCAUGGAAACACAUCCAUUUCCACAGUAAUACGGACAAAGUUACAUUUUAAUACAGUGGACCACCAAAGGUAUUCACCUCUUUCAGUAAGGUCUAACUUAGUUCAAUAAAGUUCCUUCAGGAUAUUGUAGGAACUUGUCAGUCUGUUACAUCAACAAAAUCUUGAAAGCUAUAAAUGCAAUGUAGCCUCAAUACAUUUACAUACAUUUCAAAGCAUUAACAACUGUAGAUUAGCAAAAUCUCUUCCCAAAAAAACUAACCCACAACCACCCCACCUGGAUUCAGAAAGGAAGGAGAAAGAUCUAUUAGCCAUGAACUGAGAACUCAGCCAGAGUUAAACAAGCUGGUGUGCUGUGAAUGCUGCUUGUCAGUGUCAUCUGAUCUCAUUGAUUCCUUGUGCUCUUCCCCUCCCACCAAUCUCUUUGGUGUAUCCACCUGUUCUUUCUCAUCCAAUAGUGAGCGUAUGUCUAUACUGCAAUCCGAAGUGUGACUGUAGCACUUGUAGACAUACCCGAGAUAACUUUGAUCUAGCUAGCUCAAAUUACAAUAGUAAUGCAGCCACAGCAACACGGGCUGUGCAAUCCUGCUGGGGCCCUUGGGUUUUGUCCAUCAUAUGUACAGUAACUCCACACUUAUCGUCGUCCCAGUUAACGUUGUUUCGUUGUUACGUUGCUGAUCAAUUAGAGAACAUGCUCCUUUAAAGUUGGUCAGUGCUCCCUUAUAAUGUUGUUUGGCAGCUGCCUGCUUUGUCCACUGCUUGCAGAAAGAGCAGCCCGUUGGAGCUAGUUGGUGGGGGCUUGGAACCAGGGUGGACCGGCAGCCCCCCAUUAGCUCCCCUAAGUUCCCUGUGCGGCAGCCACCCAGCAGGCUAUCAAUUGCCGGGCAGUUCAGCUGUCCCGACCCCCUCUGCCGUGUGCUGCUCCUGCCCUCUGCCUUGGAGCUGCUCUCAGGAGCCUCCUGCUUGCUGUGGGGGCUAAGAAGAGGGGUACUAAUGUCAGGGUGUCCCCCCCACACUCCUGCCCCCAGUCCUGUACCCCACCCCACAGAGCAGGAGGGGGACACAACAGGGCUCAGGACGGAGGGAGCUUGCUGGCAGCAGCUGCUGUCUCAACUUGCUGAUCUACUUAAAAAGGCAAUGUACUUAGAGUGUGGUGAGCGUACCUAAAGGGGCAAUGCGCGUCUCUCUCACGCACACACGGUGUCUCUCUGUCUCUCUCUCACACACACGCGCGCACACACGCGCGCAUGUACGCAAGGUGUGUCUCUCUGUCUCUCUCUGUCAUGCUGUGUCUCCUCCCUCCAUUCCUGCUGCCUUGUAGAGUGUGAGGCUACAUUAACAAUGAACAUGAAAAGAUGGGAGUUGCCUUACCAAGUGUGAGGUCAGUCUAAAGAGACAAUUCAACUAACAGUAGGAUACCAAGGGAGGAAAAAUAACUUUUGUAGUGGUAUUGAGAGUGGCCCAUUUCAACAGUUGACAAGACGGUGUGAGUAACAGUAGGGGGAAAUUAGUAUGGGGGAAAUUAGGUUUAGAUUUUGUAAUGACCCAACCACUCCCAGUCUUUAUUCAGGCCUAAUGUGAUGGUGUCCAGUUUGCAAAUUAAUUCCAGUUCUGCAGUUUCACGUUGGAGUCUGUUUUUGAAGUUUUGUUGUUGAAGAAUUGCCACUUUUACGUCUGUUAUUGAGUGGCCAGGGAGAUUUAAGUGUUCUCCUACUGGUUUUUGAAUGUUAUCUACAGCAAGUAGAUAGUCCAUGUAUGUGUGAACAUGUGUUUUGUCUAAUUAAUUAAUAAAAUUCUCAUCACUUUCAGAUUA